AUGGCAGCUGCCCCGCUAGACAGCUCUAGCACCCCGCCUGACGCUACCCCAUCCAUCGAACCGACGCGUCCAAACGGUGAUCCCAUGGAAGAUCUCGAUCCUCAGUCCACUCGGAAACGUCCGCGUCUCGACAGCGGAAGUGGUGCCGUGGAGUCGUUGUCCAUCGACGACGCUGCUGUUUCUCGAAUGUCCGAGCCGACUGCCGCCGCUCCUGCCACGACCAGCUCGCCAAUCCGGAACGCGCCUGCGUUGACCCGUACCGCCAGCAGAGUGACUAUCAACGUGAGAUCCCCCACCUCCGAGAUCACGGCUCCCGACGCCAUGGAUGGAGCUGCGGAACAGCCUGGUGCUGCUCCCGACACCGACUCCACCAAAGUCAUAUCGGUAGACUCGACACCUGCCCAGAGCCCGGAGAUUGAGGUGGCCGAUCUGGAGGACAUGGACCAGGACCCCAAUAUGUCGACAUGGCGGUCGUUGGAGGAAGCGUUACGGGACCCGGUCACACCGGAGGUUGUCCAGCUCCAAGGGCAGUCGCCGCUGAGUGAAACCUUCCCCAAGCUCCGCGUGAAUGACGACCUGCGAGAAAACUUGGAGGAUAUCUGUACGAUCAUCGAGAAAGGGUCUGCGCAUGAUAUCAAUGUCUUCUUAGCUGUAAAGAGUUGGCUUGAUGACAUCGUACAUGAUCUCGGCCGGUUCACAUAUGAAACGUUCGCGAGCGACCGGGACUUUUGGGUUGACUUUCCUGCGCUGGUAGAGUCCCUGCUGCGUCGAGAGCAGCCUCUUGAACCAGAUGAGGGUCGUGGGAUCUGGUCUUGUCUGGAGGAAUUCCUGACCAACUUUGCUCGGCUCGGCUUCCGCCUGGUGCGUCUGGAUACUUUGAAGUUACAGCAACCGAUCGAAACAGAACCUCAACCUCCCGAACUGAUGUCGAGGACGUACAUACCCUCGUUAGGCUGGAUGAUGCAGUUACACAGCAUUCCCUUCUACCGCGCGAUGGAACGAGCCCACGGCGCCGGAAUCAUCAACCUUAUCGUUCAACUUAGCACCCAAAUCUCCACGCUUCCUGUCGAUACGAUCAAUCUCCUAUCGGAAUUUGCCGCCUCCCUCUUGACCAUUGUCACUAAGCCCCAAUGUUCACAGCUCGCUGUUGUCUUGGGUCCGACUCUGAUUAUUGUUCACAAUCUCGUGGAAACGAGCCUUGAGCGGCGUAAAAUUAGUGAGGAUGAGCUUGCGCUCGAGUCUGAGUCCCAUACUAACACCUUAAAUGCGGCGUACCGGUUCAAUCGACAGAUUGAUGACGCCUACCAAGCCCAUAUCGCAAAAAAGUCACCUUGGAUCACGAGCGAUACCAGUGAGCCAAUCCUCCGUCAUAUUUCAAGCGCCUAUCAUCUCAUAAGCCUUGAUCCGAGUUACACAGAGAGAAUCGCCAAAGAUCUCUCAAUCAAGCUUCCUGAUGAUCUAUCGCAAGAUGACAGGGCCUCGAUCAUCUAUCACGGCUGGAGAUUUGCAGUCUUGAAGAAGCAUAUCAUGGAUGGCCGCAUGGAACUUAGGGUCCAUGGCAUGGAGACUCUGCAAUCGGAUCUCGUUGCUGUCUGGCGUCGGCAUAUCCAGAACAAUCCGGCGGGGAACGAACAUCCUAUCGUUCGAUAUCUCGUCGAUUUGUUGAGGGAGCAUAAGAUUGUCGAUUACAUUGUCGGUAUCGACUCCCAUCCCCAGCUCAUCAGUCGAAGUGGGAACAUCAUCGGCUUCCUGGUUGUUACCUUUAGCUACGGCGACCUUGAUACAGAUACAAUAUGGAAGACGGUAACGGAGAGUCAAGACCCUCGAACGAUAUCGGAGGUCCUGGGCAUGCUUACGAGGACAUUUCAUAUGCAUGCAUCCUCCUCCCCAGCAUUAAUCUAUCUGUGCGCCAAACUGCUCGAAUUACCGUUGACUCGAUUCGAUGCGCGCAUGGUGGAGUUUUGUGAACAGCUUCUCUAUCAAGUACGCGAGAAACAAGCCGACAGAAGUCGUAAUGACAUGCUGGAUGAAUCUCACAUUGAUGCCGUCCCCUUACGGCUGUGUGUCCGCCUGAUCCGUGAGAGCGCCGCGAUUGAGGACGUCGCUCUCGAACAUAAAGCAUAUCUACAGCGGUUUGCGAGCUCGCAAUUAAGUUCGUUGAUCAAUGUUGGGUUAAAUGAAAUAGACAAGAUGGAAACAUAUGAGCGAUGCAUACAAGACAUUGCUGAGAUGAAUCAGUUCACCGUUGGGAGCAUCCAGGCUCUGAAUGCACUCCUUCCUGGUUAUGAUUCGCAGGAGAUUCGAAAGCUGACCACAGAGUUUGACCUCACGCGGUUGGUUAUUGCCGAACUAGUCCACAACGUGGAUAUGAGGCGAACGGAAUUCGGCGACUCGUUCUCUAAAACCGGGUUUAUCUCGCGAAUCCAACUUCUUGCUCGCAUCAUCGACAAAGUUCCUGACACCAUCACUUCGGACCUAGCUGAUGUUCUGUGGAGAAAGGUGUUCAUGUCAGAUACGCUGCUGGAUCAGGGCCGGCGCGCAGUGUGGGACAUGCUAUGCGAAAUCGUGAGACGCAGCGCAAAACGCAAUCCUUUCGUCGAACAGGUCAUUCAAAAAUACAUCCCAGAGCUAUGUCCAGAAGAGUACUGCCAUGAGUUGCUCGCCUUUGUGAAACAGGCUGUCAACUACGAGGUUCGUUUUAGUCCUCCCCCGAUGGCUGGGGAGAACGAGGUUGUCACGAUCCCGGGGAUGGAUCGCAUAUGGGAAUUCAUUUUGACUGCUCCACCCGACUCAAUCGAAACGGAGGCCACUCAUUUCGCUAUCGAGAUAUAUCUUGAUCACGCUGUCAUCAAACGCUCGCCACGGUCAGCUGUCGAGGCGACUCAUAUCGCUUUGGUGGAUCGAUGCGUCGAACAACUUAAGUCUGCUGCAGCAAAUCUCAAGUCGUUCUCUGGCACGGCCAUUGAUACUGAUGCCACGUCCGCAAAACAACCUAAAGAAAGUACGAACCGGUCAGACGAAUUGCGGUUCAGCCGAUCUCUUCUAUUUCUUCGCCAGUUGCUCCAAGGACUGCGAACUAGGCCGCAGUAUAGCCCGCUCCAAAACUCUCCGCCCAAUUUGCCUAGCCAUCCGGUGAAGGGCGAGUUGAUUGAAAUACGUUAUCAAACAUUUAGCGGCAGCGCCCAGUCUAAAGUUCGAACGUUACGGAUUGGUGAUCUGGCUACCGCCUCCGAAUUGGUAGAGAAGAUCGUCCAGCUCACGGGAUUUUCCAAGUUCAGUACAAUCUCAAGCGGACGGCGAAUUGACCUUCUUGAACAGCCCGCCGUCACAAUACGUGAGCUUAGAAUAGGGUCAGGGCUGCUACUAGUCCGAAAGGAUGACGACAGUCACGAGGUGACGUUGACAGGCCGACGCCCGUCACUGACUUCAGUUGAUUCGGAGGUGCUCAAGCAUUUUGACGACCUUUACGAUCUCCUCAGUCUCCACGACCGUCUGGCUCGAGAGAUAUAUGACUUUCUCGUUGUUUUCCCGCCUCAAGAGAAAGUGAUCCAGUGGGUGAAAUCUACAAAUGUGACCGAAGGAGAUAUCCUGCCGGCGGAUAAACCCUAUCGCCUCCUCUACGCCGUGAAUGCGCUCAGCAGUUGCCUGAGAGGGGAGGCAUUGGAGCCAUCUCCGGAUCGAGAAUUCGUGUCCCGCAGCAUCCAUAUCUUGGUUGCUGGUCUUACACGCCCCGAGAUGUUUAACUCUCUAGCAGAGAGUCCCAUCAAAAUCUUGCUUGCCGCAAGCCUUGUUGAUUGUCUACUCCACGCUCUCCUCGUAAUACCACCCGUUGCCGAUGGGUCCUUUACAAUUCCAAAGCCUGCUUUAGUAGUGCAGCAGCUACAUGCUUUGAUAGAUAUUGGACGAGCUGUUUCUCCAAAUUAUCUUCCUGGAAAUCGCAUCCACAGAUUGAUAUGCAACUCUUCUAGCAUUUUCACCGAGGCCUCCUUGCGAGACCCCAAGUUUUGGGAAGUUAUCAAGGAGCAUGCACAACUUGAUCAGAACCUUCUGUCCCUCUUGCUCUGCGAAAAGCGGUCGUCCAUCCGCAGAGAGAUAAUUGAGAAUAUCGCGGUCGCGUGUAGCCCGUCAAAGCUGCAGAAAAAGCUGACGAAGGCUGUGAAUGGCGAGACCCAAACUUCUUCGGACACCCAGGCCGCUGAAAAUCCUGUCAGGGUUGAUAUGUUGGCGACACUCUGGGGUGCUUUCGUGAAGAUCAUGCCGCAGACUUUGAGAUAUGCCGAGCAAUCCCAGGAAUUUUUCGAUAUCGCUCACUUGGUGUUCCACUCAAUUGCCGAACAGUCUCCAGGUGACCUUAUCUACGGCGAAUACCUGAAGCAGUGGAGUGGUAUCAUGCUGCGCCAUAAGACACAAGAGUUUGUCGGACGAGAGCCCGUGGACCCUCUGAUUCUGGGCUUUUGUCGACUUCUGAGAUCAUGCUUGGACCUGGCAGAUUCCAAUGGCAUGGAAAUAGACACAUUCGACCUCACUGAAAAGCUGAUUGACAAUUAUCUUUUCCCUAAUCUCUCCGAGGAGUCGAACAGUGCCAUCGUUCCUCAGGUCCCCGUCAUGCACACCCAAACACGCCAGGAGCUCUAUGGGAUCCUUAGUUUACUCAGCAAAGACAUUGAGAACUAUUGCAGGGUGGUCGAAAAUGUCAAGGACCUCAUUCCUGCGGACUAUACGUACACUCCUGGCUGGAGCUUUGACCGUCAUAAGAUGAUUCGCUCCCCAGAAGGUUAUGCCGGACUCAAGAAUCUUUCCAACACGUGUUAUCUGAAUUCCCUCCUUAGCCAGCUCUUCAUGAAUGUACGUUUCCGCGACUUCAUGCUGCAACUCCAUCUCUCGGAUCCAGAUGCCUCUCAACGGUUACUCGCCGAGACAAAGAAGGUCUUUGCUUACAUGCAAGAAACGUGGCUGAAGAGCGUGGAUCCUCAGGGCUUGGUUGAUACCAUUCGCACCUAUGAUAAUGAACCCAUUGACGUGACAAUACAGAUGGACGUGGACGAAUUUUACAACUUGUUAUUUGAUAGAUGGGAGGCACAGAUCUUGAAUUCCGAGGAUAAGAAGAAUUUUCGGUCUUUCUAUGGCGGUCAGCUCGUCCAGCAGAUCAAGUCGAAAGAGUGCCCUCAUAUCUCCGAGCGCCUAGAACCCUUUUCCGCCAUCCAAUGCGAUAUCAAGGGUAAUGCAAGCCUCGAGGAGAGUUUGCAGGCAUACGUCGAAGGAGAGAUUAUGCAAGGAGAUAACAAAUAUUCCUGUACAUCUUGUGGGCGCCAUGUCGAUGCUGUCAAGAGGGCUUGUUUGAAGGAAGUCCCCGACAACUUGAUCUUUCAUCUUAAGCGCUUUGACUUUGACAUGGUCACAAUGCUGAGAAGCAAGAUCAACGAUGAAUUUCGGUUUCCCGAGCACAUCGAUAUGAGCCCCUUCAAAGUUGAAUACCUGUCCGAUCAAACCUCGGAGGUUCAAGAGGACGUUUUUCAACUUGUCGGCGUCUUGGUCCAUAGCGGAACCGCCGAAUCAGGGCACUACUAUUCAUACAUCCGGGAAAGACCCGCUGCUGGCGCACGAGGCUCCUGGGUGGAGUUUAAUGAUUCGGAUGUAAGCAGGUUUGAGCAAUCUAAGAUUGCAGACCAAUGCUUCGGUGGUUACAAUGACUCAGGCCAAUCUGCCCAGAUGAAUCAAGUUCGAUUUAAUAAGGUGUGGAACGCUUAUAUGCUGUUCUAUCAGCGUGUCUCGAGCAUGGAGGCAGAAAGAUUGACAUACAAGCUUUGCCGUACUGAUCGACCAGUGCACGUCCCAUUACCGAUCUCGCUUGCAAACCACAUUGCGAUGGAAAACGAGCUCUUCAUACGGACUUACUGUCUAAUGGACCCGUAUCAUGUCUUUUUCGUCAGAUAUCUCCUUUCCCGGCUUCAUGAACUUGAGGAAUCGAACAUGACACCUAAAUUGGAUCAGGAUGUGAUAUUCAUCGCAUUGGACACCCUGGAACAAUUGCUGUCAAGAUCCCGAGAGCCUUUGGGGCUUGAUGUGAUUGUUUCGGAAAUUGUGAGAGCUAUCGAAGAGCUACCAAAAGGAGCCCACAGGGUUCUUGAGUGGGUUGUUGAGCGAUCCGCAGGCAUUCGCAAUCUCAUUCUGAGAAGUCCACAUGCAUCUGUCCGAGAAAGCUCGAUCAGAAUCAUUCUGCGUGCCCUUGAGAAACUUCGUGACUUGUGUGAUCAAACGGAAUCCGAUGAACGUGCCAAAGAAAGAUGGCAAAUGCGUUAUCUAGAUGGAUUCGAAAAUGUGGUUGCCACUCUGGAGCACUUGUGGCCCGUUCUGCAUACGGCACCUCGCUCAUGGGAUGAUUAUUUUGAGCUUCUAAUGUCCCUUCUCAACCUCGGUAACUACGAGGCUGAAACAAUCCUGAAUAGCGGAUUCCUGCUGAAGUGCUUAGAGAUUAUCUGGAUUGACCGAGAGGAUACGAAGAAAUUGCGACGUCAAUACCUGACCUAUAUCAAACUCCUCGAAAAGGGCAGAAAAUUCUCGCACAGGAAACUUAUGGAAUUCCUGGCGGCACUUCUGAGCAAAAUUGACCUCACCAUGGUCCCAACCGUGGAUGAUGAACGCCGCGCUCUACCUAAUGGAAAAUUCCCCCUUACUGUCACAGAGAAUGUUUUCGUCUGUUCUCUCGGGAGGGAGCAUGAGCUGUCACUGCUCAGAAGGGUUCUUCAACAAACCAGCAAUUCCAACGCAUCCAUGGAGAUUGUUGCGUUUUUCUUGGACUCGGAACCAGAGGCUGGCCUGAUGGAUUCGAUAUGCAAGGUCUUGGAGGAUGGACUUCGAGUCGAGCCUGCUGAGCUAUGUGCUCCGUAUCUGGAAGCGAGUCUGAUCUUCUGCCAAAGGAGCCCAGAAGAGGACAGAGUGAUGUUUUUGGUCGAUUUUGUUGCCAAAGGAGUUGACUCUAUCAACGAGAGUGGAGGAAGAGAGCAUCUUGCCUUCUUCACGGGCUUGCUCGCAAGCCGCAACGAACGACUUGGUCUUGAGAAGAAUUGGUUCCUGUCACAGGCUGUGGAAAAGAUACCAGAUUGGGCUCCAACAUUACUCAUCUACCCGGAUAGAACUGUCAGGAGCAUGACCUUGGCGCUUCUGCACCAGAUUCUGUUCAGCACGGAAGCAGAAGACAUGGAGCCUGAGUCUCAGGCACGUCAUGCUGAGAUUGCCAAAGAGCUCGUGCACAACAGUGUGGAGAAGCUGAGGAAGACAUUCCUAGCUGCACCCGGAAAUAACGUGGAAGGCAGAGUCAUAGAGAGCGUCAAAGCUGUCAUUGAUCAUUGCUUGGUUACGUACUUUGGCGACAGCGAGGAGGAUCAGGAAUUUGUUCGUCAAGCACAAGCGGUUAGCGCAGCCAUUGAUGAAUUAUCUGUAGAUAUGCCUGAAGAAUUAGCUUCCGCAUCUGCAGAUGAAUGGGAAGACAACUCUAUGCUACCAAGCGACUCGGAGAUGGGCGUGGCAGGAUCUCCAUGA